GUAAAACAACAGCCAAGUAGUCGCUAUUAUAUGAAAUUAAUAUAUUGAUAAAUUAAAAUAAUUAUAAAUAAAAAAAACACGGUGCAAUGUACAAGGAAUUAGUUUUUGUGUGUUGUGCAAUUGCACUUAUAUUGGUUUCUACAACAGAAGCUCGAGGAGGCAGAGGUGGUGGAGGUAGAAGUAGUGGUAGAAGUUUCAGUGGCAGAAGUUCCAGUGGAAGAGGUGGAGGAUUUUUUAGCAGCAGUAGUGGUAGUAAAAGUUCCAGUGGAAGAGGAGGACUUUUCAGUAGCAGUAGUAGUGGAAGUGGUAAAAGUAGUAGUAUCGGUGGUAAAAGUGGUAGCAGCUUUAGUGGAGGCUACUUUCAUGGUUUCUUUCACAGCACACCUUAUCGUUACACCUAUAGACCCACCCAUAUAGUAUAUAGCAGCAGUAGUACAAAUACGGGUUCUUAUCAUAUACCAACGAAAGAAGAAGAAGAAGCUGAACAAAACAAAGAAACUAGUGACUACGCCGUAGGCUAUACCAUAAGCAAAGCUUUAAGCAGUGACUUUUUCUCCAUUUUUAAUGUGGUGCAUGAUAUUUCAAAAUAUCCUGAAAAAAUACGAAAUAAAGAGCUACUAACAACAACAACCGAAAGCCCGGUGUCCAUAUAUGAUUCACAUUUUCUUGUAGAUCCUCCCUAUUCAAAAAGUAUUACACCUUAUGACGUUAAUCCAAAAUCAUACAACUUGCAUAAAAAAUUAAAUAACCAUGCUGGAACUCCAUACAGUAUUGGGAAUUUUGCAGAGAUAUCUACAGAAAGCACUACAACUACAGUUGAUGAAAACAACGAUAACAAUGCUGGAACUCCAUCCAUUGUUGGUAAUUUGUAUAAUAUUUUUGAAGUGACAUCUACAGAAAGCAGUACAGCAAAAGAUAAUACAAAAUCAUAUUAUCCUGAUGAAGGCGUUAAUACACUUUUCAGAGGGAUGAACUUUAAUACAAAUUAUUUAUUUAAUGGCAACAUUCAAAAACAACUUGCUGAAAUUCAAUCCAAUGUAGCUAAAUAUGGAAGUGGUUGGGAAGGAGCAGAAAGCACUACCAUGAAAACUUCGUUGGACUUUACAAAUGAAUCGCUUAAUGAAAUGCUGAAGCGAAUGGAGAAAAGCCAUGGUUCAGUAAACAUAUAUUAUUAACUAAUAUUUAAAAUAAAAUUAAAGCGUAAAGGCGCAGCUAAGAUAUUUUUAUAAUUAGCCAAAAAAUCUCGACUUAUAAAAAACACGAUAUUAACGCAUCGAUAUUUUGAAAUCCAAAAUGGACAGAAAAUAGAUAUUUCGGAUUUUUCGGUUCCGAUUAAAAUGUAAUUUAUUACAGACAUUAUUUAUUCAGAGUAUUCAUGAAAUCAAAUGAAUGACGACCCUAAUAUAAUUUGCCAUAUAUAUUAAUUACGUUUUAAUUACACACUCCCCUACUAGUGGGGAGGGUAUAAUGCGUUUGUGCAGAUAUUUGUAAGGCCCAAAAAAGUAUACCAAUCGACUCAGAAUCACAUUCUUUGGCACAUACACUUAUUUUGGCCCAAGGACAAAGCUUAUUGAAACUGAAAUCGGUUCAUUAUUUCACCUAGCCCCCAUACAAAUAUUCUCCCGAAAUUCAUGGCGAUCGGUCCAUAAUUAUUGAAAUUUUAAAAGAAAAAUUAUUUUGCUCAUUUACUUAGUGUAGUGUAUUAUAUGGUCGGGCUUGACCGACCAUACUUUCUUAAUUGUUUUAAAUAUAAACAUGUUGUCUUUAAUAUGGAAUAAACCUCAUCUCACCCUUGUAUGGGAAACCAAACAAAA